UAUUCAGGAUUUGUUGGUGUUGAUGGUGCAAUAGACUGUACCCAUAUACCAAUACUAAAUCCUGGAGGUGACCAAGGGGAAAAUUUCAGGAACAGAAAAGGCAUAUUUUCAAUAAAUGUACAGAUUGUGAGUGGAUCUAGAUGUGAAAUACUGGAUAUUGUAGCUAUAAGGUGGCCAGGAUCUGUUCAUGAUAAUCGAAUUUUUAGAGCUGAAGAAAGAUACAAUAAAGCUCAUAUAGCCACAAGAAAUACCGUAGAACGACUAAAUGGAAUAAUCAAAAGAAGAUUUAGUUGUUUAUCUAGGAAGUUAGCUACAAAACUAAGUACAACAUUGUUAAUAAUAUCAGCAUGUGCAGUGUUACACAACAUUGCAAUAUUUAGAUAUGAAAACCUACCAUACACAGAUGAAGUUUUGAAUAACAACCAAAUGUUUCAUCAAGAAUAUAAUGGAUUACCUAAUUUGUAUGGAAAUAUAGUUAGAUCAGAAUUCAUAAAUAUGCAUUUUUCUUAG